AAUUAUGAUACUUACGUCUUAAUAUGUUCAAAAGUUUGUUCAAAAGCAAAAAAAGAGUAAAACAAGGAAUAAUAAGGCCAAAGAAGAAAAGAACUUGCUGUCAAAGAUGUAGACGUAAAAUUCUUAAAUGGUGUUGUAGAAGAAUAAAACGAUGUAUCAAAAAGAAAGUUUUUGGUAUACCACCUCCAAAGCUGAGAGAUAAUCUGAAACUUAAUAAAAGUCAAGAUGCUCUUAAUAAAGAUACGGAAAAACUUUCCAUUAAAAAGCCAGUGAUCGAACUUUUCAGAAAUUAUUUAUACAAAUCGACAAAAAGUAUUCCGAUGAAAAAUGCAUUUAUUGAUGAAAUUGAUAAAUAUUUUGAACCUCUAUCGAUAGGAAACAGAUUGAAAUCAUUUGUCUCUGAUUUUAAAGAAAGAAAUUUAUCUCUCGAUUUUAAAAACUUUUCAUUAACAAAUUUAGAGUUCUUAAGAAACAUUAAUAGCGACGAAUUGAAAAAACAAUUUUCACUGACUGCAUCAAAACAUAAGAUGUUAGGAAAUAUGAUUGAAGAUUACAAAAAGGGGAAAAUUUCACUAACAGCAUUACAGAGCGACUUAAAAAACGACAAGAAAAUUUUAAAUAAAGAAAACUUAAAUCAAAUGUUGAAAUAUUAUAAGGAGCAAAAAUCGAAACAUCAACCAAUUGUGAAACAAUCUAAAUUUAAACAACUUAAGUCUGAUCUGAGGGCAAAAAUUGACUUCUUGUGAUUUUACUUAAACCAAUACAAAAAUAAAGGCAAAAAGAAUU